UCCCAUUUUUUUUUACUUUCAUCUCAUUGCCUGCUCCAUUUUUCAUCAUCCAACCUUGAAGUCAAACCCAAAGAACCCCAACAAAGACAGAGGAUGGCCUUGUGGAGAGCGUCAUCAAUCCAUAUAGCCUCACUCCUUGGCCUCCUGUCCUGUCUCAUCCUCCACUACACCACCACCACCACCACCGUUGCCGCCAUCCGUGCCAGAACCAUCAUCCACAACCCUUCUCCAAUGGAACUUCCCAUUUUUAGGGAAGCUCCAGCAUUUCGCAAUGGUGAUUCAUGUGGAUCAAAGGAGGUUGACAGGAUUCAUAUUGCUAUGACCCUCGAUGCAAAUUACCUCCGUGGCACAAUGGCAGCAGUUUUAUCCAUGUUACAGCACUCAACUUGCCCUGACAACUUGUCAUUUCAUUUCCUUUGUGCUUAUUCCGAUGCUGAACUUGCUUCAAGCAUUAAAUCAACCUUCCCUUACCUGAAUUUCACAGUCUAUCGUUUUGAUUCAAACCUUGUUCGUGGGAAGAUAUCAAAGUCAAUUCGACAGGCUUUGGACCAACCAUUAAACUACGCAAGGAUUUAUCUAGCUGAUAUAUUACCAGCUGAUGUAAAAAGGGUUAUUUAUUUGGACUCAGACCUGGUUGUUGUUGAUGAUGUAGGAAAGCUUUGGGAUGUGGACAUGGAAGACAAGGUGUUAGGAGCACCCGAAUAUUGUCAUGUGAACUUGACUCUAUAUUUCAACAAUGCUUUUUGGUCUGAUCCAAUAUUGUCAAAAACAUUCCAGGGAAGGAGUCCAUGCUAUUUCAACACAGGAGUAAUGGUGGUGGAUGUAGAUAAAUGGAGAAAAGGAGGGUAUACGAAGAAAGUUGAGGAGUGGAUGGAAUUACAGAAGCAGAAGAGGAUAUACCACUUGGGUUCUUUGCCACCAUUUUUGCUGGUUUUGGCAGGGAACAUCAAGGCAGUGAAUCACAGGUGGAACCAACAUGGGUUGGGUGGAGAUAACUUUGAAGGCAAAUGUAGGAAUCUUCACCCUGGUCCGAUUAGCCUUCUCCAUUGGAGUGGGAAAGGGAAACCAUGGCUAAGGCUAGAUUCUAGGAAACCAUGUGUGGUUGAUCAUUUGUGGGCUCCAUAUGAUCUUUACCGUUCAUCAAGACAUUUUUUAGAAGAAUGA